AUGUCGCCCAGCGUGGCGGAGCUGCUGCUGCAGCGGCUGGAGCAGGAGGCGCCGGGGCCCGGCGGCGGCGGCGGCGGCCUGUGCAGCCUGGAGGCGGCCGCGGCGCUCGGCCUCGACCACCAGACGCUGGUGGGCGCCGUCAAGAGCCUGCAGGCGCUGGGCGAGGUGAUCGAGGCGGAGCCGCGGGCCGCCACGCGCUGGGAGCUGAGCGCCGAGGGCGAGGCGGCGGCGCGCGACGGCAGCGCCGAGGCGCGCGUCUUCCGCAGCGUCCCCGCGCAGGGGCUGCCGCACUGCGAGCUCAUGAAGCUGCCCGACGCCCAGGUGGGCUUCAGCAAGGCCAUGGCCAACAAGUGGGUGCGGCUGGAGAAGGGGGCGCCCGGCGGCCCCCGCGUCUUCCGCGCCGUGGCGGAGGUGCGCGACGCGGUGCAGGAGAGCCUGCGGCGCGUGCAGCGGGGGGAGGCCGCCAGCCUGCCCGAGCGCGACCGCGCCGACCUCAAGAAGAGGAAGCUGCUGCUGGAAGUCACCCUCAAGUCGUACUGGCUGCGCAAGGGCCGCGCCUUCAGCACGGCCGUGGCGCGCCAGGAGACGGAGCUCACGCCGGAGAUGAUCGCCACGGGCUCCUGGCGCCAGCGGCCCUUCAAGAGCUACAACUUUGCGGCGCUGGGGCUGCCGCCGGCCUGCGGCCACCUCCACCCGCUGCUCAAGGUGCGCUCGCAGUUCCGCCAGAUCUUCCUGGAGAUGGGGUUCACGGAGAUGCCCACCAACAACUUCGUGGAGAGCUCCUUCUGGAACUUCGACGCCCUCUUCCAGCCCCAGCAGCACCCGGCGCGCGACCAGCACGACACCUUCUUCCUGCAGGACCCCGCGGAAGCGCCCGAGCUGCCCGCCGGCUACAUGGCUAAAGUGAAGAAGGUGCAUUCGCAGGGAGGCUACGGCUCGCAGGGGUACAAGUACGAGUGGAAGGCGGAGGAGGCGCGGAAGAACCUGCUGCGGACGCACACCACCGCCGUCAGCGCCCGCAUGCUCUACCGCCUGGCGCGCCAGGAGAAGUUCGCGCCGGUGAAGUACUUCUCCAUCGACCGGGUUUUCCGCAACGAGAGCCUGGACGCCACGCACCUGGCCGAGUUCCACCAGAUCGAGGGCGUCGUGGCCGACCGCGGCCUCACGCUGGGCCACCUCAUGGGCGUCCUCAAGGAGUUCUUCACCAAGCUGGGUAUCACCCAGCUGCGCUUCAAGCCCGCCUACAACCCCUACACGGAGCCCAGCAUGGAGGUGUUCAGCUACCACAGCGGGCUGAAGAAGUGGGUGGAAGUGGGGAACUCGGGGGUCUUCCGCCCCGAGCUGCUGCUGCCCAUGGGGCUGCCCGAGGGCGUCUCCGUCAUCGCCUGGGGGCUCUCGCUGGAGCGCCCCACCAUGAUCAAAUACGGCAUCAACAACAUCCGGGAGCUGGUGGGGCACCGGGUGAACCUGCAGAUGGUCUACGACAGCCCCCUGUGCCGCCUCGACGCCUAACCCCCCCCAUCCCCGUCCCGGGGGUGGGGGGCCUGCACCCCAAUAAACCCCCUUGGCCCACC